CUACCGCGAUUGGUGGCGAUAAUUGAAGCUGCAUUUUCUUGAAGAAGCGGUGGUGAGUCAAGAGGAGAAGCCCGGUCAGGGUCACGAGGAAGUCUGCCAUUUUUUUCUGCACAGGUCCGACUUGAACGGUUUGCUUGUCUGCGCAGCUUUCAGAAUUAAGCAAACGGCACCCGAUUACUGUCCAUUUGAAUCUGCAUCUGCUAAAAGCAAACUCGCUCAGACGCCCACGUCCCGCCACCGGUUAAAACCAACCACCUGACUCGCACGCUCGGACGCACGGCGGAAGUGAGUCUCCAGAAGCGCAGACGGUCAUGGCGAGCAGCCGCCCGGGCACAGCAAUGUUGCAGCGAAAACACCGCUCAUGGAUGUCGUGUUUACUCCUGGUCAUGCAGCUAACGUCGCUGCCGGUGCGGGCCAAGCCGGAUGGCCUGAAAGAAAUCACCGACGGGAACUGGGAGGGAAUCCUGACUGGAGAGUGGAUGAUUGAAUUCUACGCACCCUGGUGCCCAGCAUGCCAGCAGCUGCAGUCGGUGUGGAAGGAGUUCGCAGAAUGGGGGGAGGACAUGGGGAUCAACAUAGCCAAGGUGGACGUGACAGAGCAACCAGGUCUGAGUGGACGAUUCAUCAUCACCUCACUUCCUACCAUUUACCACUGUAAGGACGGCGUCUUCCGGAAGUACCAGGGAGCUCGCACUAAAGACGACUUCCUCACUUUUGUUCAUGAACAGAAAUGGAAAGCAGUAGAGCCGGUCUCAUCUUGGUUCGGGCCGUCCUCAUUUUUAAUGAAUUCAAUGUCUGCUUUGUUCAAGCUCUCCAUGUUUAUCCGGCGUUGUCAUAAUUACAUGACAGAGCAGCUGGGGAUUCCUGUUUGGGGUUCGUAUGUUAUCUUUGGCUUGGCCACGCUGUUUUCGGGCCUUGUUCUGGGACUGUUACUGGUGUUCAUUGCAGAUUUUGUCUUCCCCUCUCGACGGUUUUCUUCUCCUGAAUACUACCAGAAGAAACAGGCGAUGGAGCAGGCGAGGUUAAUCCAACAGCAAGAGGACGAGCACGAGGCUGACGGCGAGGAAGACGACGACGAAGAGGAGGAAGAGGAGGACGGGGACCAGGAUGACGUCUGGAGGAGAAGAAGAGGAUCCCCCGAGGGCCGCCCAGAACCCAAGGGACAGGGUUUCUCCGAUGAAGCUCUGAGGAAGAGGGUGGUGUGCAGCCGUGAGGAGGAGGAGGAGGAGGACACCUAAAGCGUCAGUGUGGAGCUUCAUAUGGCCCCUACUCCUUUUGAGAAGAGUGCUGUGGAGUUAGCAGAGUUGGAGGAGCUUUGGUCCUGAGCAACAGUGUUUAUAGCAGGGAGGCCUAAACCUUCCCCCCCCAAACCUCCCCUCCUCCUCCUCCUCCUCUUCUGGGCCUCCAGAAACACCUUGCUUCUUUUCUUCUCCUUCCCUUGUUUUUAAUGGGAGCGCUUGAGACUCUCACCACCGCUCUCUCCGCCUGAGCAGCAGGCUCCACCUGGAAAAGCAAAAACACUCCUGACACCUGUUUUCACUUGUGGAAACUAAUCACCUGGCUGAGGUUUAGGUAUGACGUGCAGUGGAGCUGGGUUUUGCAAGGUUGUUUAUGCUAUGCAUCGUUUUUUAAAGAUUCGUGUGUUGUUUUAUGUCUAUCUCUGAGAUAAUAUACCAGGCUUGCAUUUGCGGUUUAUGUUGUUGAAUUUUACUCUUCAGCUAAUGUAUACAUACAUUUAUUUUAUGUUGCAUUUAUUUUGCAGACUCUGACAGCUCGACCUCGACGUAACAAUGUUCACAAACCAAUCCACAUACAGUGACUAAUGGAGAAACAAAUGGUUCCAAAAUGUUACAGUACUCAAGAUUUCAGUCCUGGUGUAUUUGGCAGCGCCAAGGUUUCAUAUUCGUUCAAUGAUAUUUACCCGCACUCGGUCCUGAAAAGGGCAACGAUGUGGCGUUUCUGAUGCGGGAAAUUACAACAUGGACGAAAGCGACGCUACGUUUUGUCGUACGGUAUUGUGAUGAUAUAUAAAUACAGUGAUUAAACAUAGCAACUAGUGUACAGUAUCAGUGAAGAAAGUUAAAAAAUAGUAAUCCUGGAUAAAAUACAUCUCUCAUUUCCUGCGGAUCCCUAGUACUGAUGAAGGUAAUUCAAGUCCAGCGCGGGAAUGGUGGACUCCACCACAAGCAAUGAGGGAAUUACAGAAUAUAAACAUAUUUAAAGGCUACUGCCAUAAAUAUCAAAAACAGGAUUUGAUUUCAUGACAAUCUUAAGGAUUAUAACGUUAACAUGAUUCAUUCAUGUUUGCGGGGCAGGAACCAUUUUUAUAGCAGUCGUGCUUUGCUCGGCAGUCGCACCCAAACAUUGACUCUGACGCAGCCGCACUGUCAGUUUGUUGAAAACUGGACCACCUGAGGUAGAUACGGACCAUUUGUUUAAAAAAAAAACUAAAAAAAACAACUAACAAUGCGCUUCAAUUAAAAGGCCUGGUGAAUGUUGUUUUGUAGAUCGUCUAUUUUCCCAUAAAUAUGUCAUAUUAUCAACAAUUACCAACAAUUGUUGAUUAUGAACAAUCUGAUAAUCAACCGGUUGUAAUUAUUAAAGGAUGUCUACUUAAUGGACCGAUUAUGUAUUGUCGACCUGUCGGUAGGUCCACAGUACAGUAUAUGCAUGCCAUAAUAUAAUUAAAGAGACGGGGGGGGGGGGUUGUGGCAUAUCCGUCCUAACGCUGCUCUGAUGUGGAACAGUUAGAGGACCUUAAUGAAGCUGUUUGACAAAAGGAGGCAUCAUUCAGGCUACUGGGUUUUUUUUAUUUUAUU